AUUAUUUAUAUAAACUGUUUGUUUUUACGGCUUUCAUGUUGUGGAGUUUGGCGGACUCAACUUCAUUGAUCGGUUAAAUUUGAAUUUGAAAAACAAUGAAAUUUUAGAACACGCAGUCUCCAGCUGAUUUUCCGUCAGUGGGAACAGAUCACCAUCAGAUAUUACCCAAUUCGACUAUCCGUCAACAAAAUCUCAUUCCACAUAAAGAAAUAGUGAUAAUAAUAAUAGUACAGUGAAGACAAUGUCGGAGGACAAGCAAAAUGUCCUUAAGGGGACUGAAGCUCAGGAAACAGCCCACAAGGUAAUUGAGAAGGACUUGGACAUAUACCGGGACACCUUCAUUCGCUAUAUGGGCUACAGCAACGAAAUUGGCGAGUCCUUCCGCCCGCUGGUGCCGAAAUCUUUGGUGGCUGCAACCUACGGCAUGGCCAUUGGAUAUGUCUGCACAGACACCUUUGACAAGUCACUACGCCUCCAGAUGAACGGGGCAUCCUCCAGGGAAGUGGCCAUUAAGGGCGGUGAUGUCUUCUGCUGGCAAAUGCUGGCCUCUGUCGCCAUUCCUGGCUUGGUCAUCAAUCGCAUCACAUGGGCCACGAAAUCACUGCUGACCCGAGCUCCUUCGCCAAUACUAAAAACGGUGCCCACUUUGGUUGGCCUUGCAAGCAUCCCUCUGAUCAUCCAUCCCAUUGACAGCCUGGUGGACCGCCUGAUGGACGUCACCUAUCGCAAGAUGAUCAGGUAGUAAACGCUGCGCGUGAUCAACCCUUCCCACUCAAUUCUACUCCCCGGUGAUAGUUCUUAGAAACUAAGAGUUCGAGUUAACUGUAGCAAAGCUUUUACCCCUAAAUCCAGUUUGCAUCUUGACCAGAAA